AUGGGGUCAGCACCUCCAGACCUAUUAGUACAGCACGCUUUGGGAGCACUAAGCAGCCUACAGGGAUUCCCAGGAGGGUCAUUUACCCCUCCGCGGCUGCUGUCGCCUCGAUUUUCCGGUUCUCUUCACCGGAAUUUUCUGCUGGAAAAUGAGGAAAUAGGUCGGGGUCGUUUCGGCGUCGUGCGGAGGUGUAGACACAGAGCGUCCAAUCGACCGUUCGUGUGCAAGUCCAUAAGCAAGAGCUCGUUACAGUCCGCGCAGCACAUAGACUCCCUGCGAUCGGAAGUGGACGUGCUGCUGGCGGUGCGCGGGCUGCCGGGCGUGGUGCGCGUGGAGGAGGUGAUAGAGGAGGCGCACGCGGUGCACGUGGUGAUGGAGGCGUGCGGGCACGGCGACCUCUUCGACUACAUCGCGCACUUCAACGGCAUGCCCGAGCCCCACGCCACCUGCCUCUUCAGGCAGAUAGUGGUGGCAGUGGCGGGGUGUCACGGCCUUGGCAUCAUCCACCGGGACAUCAAGCCGGAAAACAUCUUCCUCUCCCUCGAUCCUGCUGCACCACCUCCACCUGCUCCUGCUGCUGCUCAGACAACCUUUCCCAAUGCUUGCACCAGCGCCAGCACUUCUGCUGCUGCUGUUGCUGCUCCUGCUUCUCCUGCUCCAGCCGCCCCGCCCGUUCCUCCAACCAGUCUCCUCAUGAGGCUUGGCGAUUUCGGCCUUGCUCUGUUCCUGCACACCCAGCCUGGCGCCGAGGCUCGAGGGAGGGUCGGCAGCUCGUACUACAUGGCUCCAGAGGUGGUUCGGGGCGGCAGGUACGGUCUGCCAGCAGACGUGUGGAGCCUUGGGGUCAUCCUCUACAUCAUGCUCUCAGGCUUCGUGCCCUUCUGGGGGGCCACGUCGCUGCAGACGUUCGAGGCCAUCUGCUCGGGCCGCCUCGACCUCUCGUCGCCCGCGUGCGUCGCCCUCUCGCCCGCCGCCAAGGCCCUCCUCCGCGCCAUGCUCUCCCUCGACCCCGCCGCCCGCCCCACGGCCCACCAAGUCCUCUCCCAUCCCUGGCUAUCCGUAAACAAGACGGCUGUUGAGGCACCUCACAAGUCAAUUGUCGCCCAUCCGUGGGUGUCGGAGCACGAGGUGGAGUUUGAGACGCCUCAAGACCCCUUGAAGCCAGACCUGGGGAAGGGUUCGGUUGAGACAAGUCCUGGGAUGAAGGGCGUCAGGGACAUGGGCCUGGGGAAGGGUUUGGUAGAUCGUGGCGGUGUGCUGGCGAUAGAUGGUAUGGGGACUGAUUGUAUGGGGGUUGAUGGUGUGGAUGGUGAUGGUGCUGGGGUAUGGGGCUCUGCUGACGUGGAGGGUGCGGGGGGGACGGAUCAGGAUAGCGGGCCUUCGACAUCGGGAGAAUCGGAGGAGACGAGGGAGAAGGGAGGGGUGAGUGAUGAUAGCGCUUUUGAAUCUCUUGAUUAUGGAUUGAUGGUUGGCAAGGGAGAGAAUGGCAAGGCUAUUCUAGCAGGUGGUUUUAUGAGAGAAGUGCGAGAAGAGAGAGCAGUGAGAGCGGUGAGAGACGAUGUUAUGGCAGGGAAGCAGGCAGAGAAGGAGUGGAUGUUGCUGCCGCUGUUUUCACGGGAGAUGGCACGGGGUGGGCGGCUGAGAAGCAGGUCACGUGGCAGCAGAGAGAGAGGCACUGGGCGUGGACUCAAGGCUCUGUGGGAACGAGAGGAGCGGGCACCUUUAGAUGCGGACAUCCCAACUUUUAUACCUCCACCAGGUCUACCUCCACCAGGUAUACCUCCACCAGGUAUACCUCCACCGGUCAUACGUUCACCGACCUGGCAGAUGGGCUACCAACCAUUCCCGGCUCUUCCGUCAACCACGUGUCCCACCAACCCUCCAUCAGAUAUGCCCUCAUCAGACAUACCUUCACCAGAUAUACCUCCACCAGAUAUGCCUGCACCGACCUGGCAGCAGUGGAGGUAUCAGCCGUUUCAGGCUCGUCGAUUCCCCGACUAUCCUCCCAACCGUCCAGUACCCCUCUCAAACCCCUUGGCAUGCUCUUCCUCAGCUCCCCACUCUGAAGUGGUCGAUCUGAGCCUCUCCCUGUCCCUUGGGGGGGGCUCCACCACUGCUACUGCUGCCACUGCUGCUCCCUGGGUCUCCGUCUCUCGCAGUGAAAUGCCACCUGGCGGUUGCUCUAGCAUUGCUUUCGCUGCUGCUGCUGCUGCUACUGAUAUUGCUGCUGCUCCUGCUGCUACUGCUGCAGUUACUGCAACAGCAGGUGGUGCAGUGAAGAGGGGCGUGUGGUCAUGGGGCAAGGGCGGGGCGGGUCUCGUGCAAGCCUGGCCGGACUUACCCGCAGAUGAGGGAGGUGCGUCAGCGUGUGCAGAGAGGCGUAGUAGUGAUGAUGGGGAGAGUUGUGGGGAAGGGCGAGAGAGGAAGAGGGCUAGGAGGGUUGUGUGGGACACGUGUGGGUUUACUGGAGAGUCAGUGCCACCCCCUGUGUGUGUGGUUGAGGGGUGGAUGGUGCAAGAGGAGGAAAGGGAGGGGAAGAUACUUAGGAAGGAGGAAGAGGAGGUUAGGGAGAAGGGGGAAAGUGGGGAUGGGGAGAAGCGAAAAGGCGGAGACUGGGAGAAGGGGCAACGGGAGGAAGAGAACGAGACGGGUUGCCAACAAGGGAAGGAAAUAUUUGAAGAGCUGCUGCAGCAGCAACAGCAGCAGCAGGAGCAGCAACUACAGCAGAAACAACAGCAGCAGCAGCAACAGCAGUGGCGCGUGACUAAGUGGGGCACAGAUGGGAGGAAGGCUGGUGUGAGUUUGGGGCCUGAGAGCACUGCUCAUGGUAAGAAAAGGCCACGUGGACAGGCAGCGGCUAGUGGCAGAGAGCAGGUAGUGCUCAGUGCGAGUGGAAAGCCAGUGCUAAGUUCCAGAGGUGAGGCGGAGCUGAAGUUGAAAGGAGAGGGCGUGCCAAGCGCCAGCGGCGAUGCAGACGUGAUGAAGGGAAGCUUUGGGAGGAGAAUGAGAGGCCUUUUGGAUGCCAGGCCGACAGGCGGCUCUGAGAAUGAGGCGAGCAUGGGAGGUGCGAAGAGGAGGCGGGUGGAUGGUAGAGGAACAACGUCUGCUGCUGACCUUGGAUACCGCCCCCCCUCUCACUCUCCAGCCCGGCUUCUCCCCCCGCGGCCCGCCGCAGCUGCCCUUCCCACGGCUUUUGAGUCGCCUCAAGAGAAGCCUUUAUCCCCAGCUUGUCUUUUCCCACCUCGGGCAGCAGCAGUGGGCGGGGGUGAGUAA